UUUCUCUGCCUCAUACAUUAGUUACAGAGCUGAUAUCUAUAUUAUGCCGUCAAAAAGCGCAAAAUCAUGUGACAACCACGGAGGACGGACCAGAGUCGUUUGUGAAGUUUGCCAUAAAUUCUUCAGCACCAAAAGCCACUUGCGACGACACGAGGCGAGCCAUGCGCCGUUGGACAAACAGAUUUGCGCAUUUUGCGGAAGCGCCUACCGCCGAAGGGACGUUCUACGCCGCCAUCUCACAACCUGCAAGCAGAGGGGCAGCCAUCAACCUCUCAGCCAAAGCACUCCAGGCAGAAAACGAAAAGCUUGCGAUGCGUGCGCUGAGGCACGAUCAUACUGUGAUGGAGACUACCCCUGCGAGACCUGCCUGCAAAGGGGUCUUCAAUGUACAUUCGCCCGCAUACACGGCCAGCCUCGUCGACACAGGUUUUUCAGUGCCCCGCAAUGCGAAGAAAACCCCGAAAACCUAUGUAAUCUCAGCCAACACAAGCUUACCUCGCAAUCCAUCAAGCUGUCUAUUCCAUUCUUGUUGCAUUACUCGAAUGUCGAGAAUAAAUCAAGAUACGAGAGUCUUCGGCUGCUAUCCCAGUGUAAUCCCACGGACUCCGAAAACAGUUGUUGUGCAGUAAACCACCGACCGGACAGCUCUUACAUGAUCACUGAACCCUGGGAAAGCUUGUUCAAGUCUUUUGUCAACACUGCCACUCUGGAUGCGUCUUGUGGGAUACACUCCAUCCCUGGGAGCCAUUUCGAGUUCAAGGAGCUCGAAAGCAUUUCAUCCAAGUUGCUAUUGCUCUUGAAAGAUUCCAAAAGCCACUCAAGCGAUCGGAAUAUUGAUUUUGAGGACAUGAGGCAACUUUUCAUGCCUCUCAACGUCGCAAAGUUCCUGGAGGCCUUUUUUGACAAUUCGUUUCAUUCGCACUUUAUCAACCCAGUAACCUUCAAGCUGAGCCAAGCCUCAACACUUCUUGUUCUGACGAUGGUGCUUCUUGGGGCGGUCUACACCUCCCCGUACAGCGUCAACGGUCUGGAUCUAUAUUCUAGCAUCACUGAACACUUGAUUUUCGAUGGACCGUCUUUUGAAAGUUUAACACAACCGUCCAGUGGCGCCCUCGAUGACCAGAGAACUCUGGAAACUCUUCAAGCUGCAAUGCUGGUAGUGACCUUGCAGGCUUACAAGGAAAACCCGGCCAGCAUUCGACGAAUGCGACUGCAGCGCUUACCGGCCCUCUUUAGGGCCAUUCGCAUGCUAAAUUUGAAUCAGAUUGCAAAUGACUGUAUUCCCGGUGCCUCAAGGUGGGACGAAUACCUCCUCCGAGAGGGGUUGGUCAGAGUCAUGGCCGGCAUCUACCUCCUCGACUGCUACUGCGUGAUUUUCUUUCGCUACCCAUCUCAGCUGAGGCUCAACGAGAUAACAUUUGCAAUCCCUCAUCGAGACGACUUGUUUCAUGCUCGCGACGCGACGGAAUGGGAGCAGGUCUCCACGCAAAACGGGCUUCCACGUGAGCCCGUCCGACUCCGAUAUGUCCUCCAUGACUUAAUGAGGGCUGAGGGCUGCGAUCCGCAUCGUGAGGACUAUCUCCCGAAGACAAUCUUCGGGUCUUUUCUGGUCCUGUCGGCGUUACAAUGUGUCCUAUUCGACCUGUUGGCGCUCCACACCUUCAUGGACGAUCCCCGGAUGUUUGAUCCGGUUGAGCGCGGCCUAGACCGAUGGAAGGCCCACUGGGAUAUCUUGUGCCGUGCAACGGAGCCUGCCCAUGCCAAACGAGCGGGGUUCAUCAUCCAUGCCGUUGAGUACUGGUGGGUGGCCAAGGCGCUCGUCAGGCACCCCUCCGCUGCUGGAUUACCGGACGACAGCCACGAUAACUUUCACCGUUUGGUAGAAAGAUUGAUGGCAUCUGAUGCCUAUUGA